AUGGUUCGCGCACAGCCUGAUGCUCAGUUUAAAAUUUUACUUAUUGGCGAUUCGGGUGUUGGGAAAACGUGUAUAAUGUUUCGAUUUGCUGAUAAUAUGUAUACUGAAACAUUCACGCCUACGAUUGGCAUUGAUUUCAAAAUAAAAACAGUUCGUGUUCGAGAUAAAACUGUCAAAUUACAACUGUGGGAUACGGCUGGCCAAGAAAAAUUUUAUAACAUCACUCGGUCCUACUAUCGUAAUGCCGAUGCCAUUUUAUUAGUCUAUGAUCGUACAGAAGCAGUGACAUUUCAAAACAUAGCCAGAUGGAUGAGAAACAUUGACGAAAAUGUAUCACAUCCGGACGACGUUGUACGUAUUCUCGUUGGUAAUAAAUCGGAUUUACAGAAUCGUCUAAUAAUAACGUCAAAUGAAGGGAAAGCACUAGCUGAUAAAUAUAAAGUGGAUUUUUUUGAAACCAGUGCAAAAAGUGAAACAAGUCCAAAUGUAAAUAAAAUGUUUUAUUAUUUAACAGAAAAAUUACUUGAUCAGAGAGCUAAUAAAUCGUCGACUUCAAUCGAACAGUCAGAUUUAACUGAACGAACAGCGUCAAUAAAUAUCGGUACAUCGACAUAUAGACAAUUCUUGGGUAACACAUGUUGUUCAACGAGGACAAAUGAUGAAUAA